UUGAUAUUAGAUCAGAAGCAACAAUACUUGAAUCAGUCAAGAGUCAGUUAAUCAAUCAUUCACUUCAAACCGAUCGAUACUUCGGAGCUUCAAGAUGGCGACCGUCAAUGUGAAUCGCAGUGUUACGGAUAUCUUCUAUCGCUACAAAAUGCCACGCCUCCAGGCCAAAGUGGAAGGUAAGGGCAACGGCAUUAAAACGGUCCUCGUCAACAUGGCCGAGGUGGCAAGAGCGAUCGGGAGACCAGCUACCUAUCCGACCAAGUACUUUGGCUGUGAGCUGGGCGCCCAAACGCAAUUCGAUCAUAAGAACGAACGUUUCAUUGUGAAUGGAUCGCAUGAUGUGAACAAGCUGCAGGAUUUGCUCGAUGGUUUUAUUCGCAAAUUUGUGCUCUGUCCCGAGUGCGAUAACCCGGAGACAAAUCUAACUGUCUCGGCCAAGAAUCAGACCAUCUCGCAGUCGUGUAAGGCCUGUGGCUUCCAUGGCCUACUGAAGGUGAACCACAAGGUGAAUACGUACAUUGUGAAGAAUCCGCCAUCGUUGAAUCCAGCUGCCCAGGGCUCAUCACUAACGGAGGGCAAACGCUCGAAGCGUGUUCAGAAGCAAAAGAAUGAAAACUCUGAUGGUUCGAUGUCUAACAAUUCCAUGGCCAACAAUUCUGGCGGCGAAUCCGAUGGUGGCAACGGCACCAACCAUGCCAGCCAAACGGAAGCCGAGAUUAGCGCUGCCAUACCGGAGAAGACCAUGGCCGAGGAUGACGAUGAUGGUGGCUGGAGCGUUGAUGUUUCCAAGGAGGCGAUACGCGCACGGUUGCAGGAUCUGACAGAUGGUGCCAAGGGUAUGACCAUUUCGGAUGACUACGACAAGACGGAGAAGGAGCGCAUCGAUAUUUUCUACGAGCUGGUAAAGAACAAGCGGGAUUCGAAGCAACUGGAUGAUGUGGCCACGCAUAAGGAGCUGCUGAUUGAGGCCGAGCGCUUGGAUAUUGUGAACAAGGCACCGCUAGUGCUGGCCGAGCUGCUCUUCACUGAGAAUAUCACGCACGAUGUGAGAAAAAAUCGGAUUCUCCUGCUGCGGUUCACCCACAACAAUCCGAAGGGCCAACGCUAUCUGAUCGGCGGCAUCGAGCAGACUGUUGAAUUGCAUGCGGACACGUUGAUGAACAAGGUGGCUGGAAUCUUCAAGAUCUUCUACGAUUUGGACAUCCUGGACGAGAAGGUGAUUCUUGAAUGGGCCCAGAAGGUCAGCAAGCGUCAUGUUUCGAAGAAGAUAGCCACCGAGAUACACCAAAGAGUUGAACCGUUUGUCCAAUGGCUGAAGGAUGCCGAGGAGGAGGACUCCUCAUCGGAUGACGAUGAUAAUGCUUGCGGUGAUUCGGAUGUCGAAAUCGAGUAUGAUGAUCGUGCCCGUGUCGAGCCCUUGAAGGUGGCAGCGGUCAGCGCUGCCGUUGCUGCUGUUAACAAGAAGAACGCCAUGGAGGAUGAGGAUGGCGAUGAAAUAGACAUUGAUGAGAUCUAAGCAGGCAGCACCAACCAAUCAGUUUGUGGACAAGGGAAUAGCCAAAUUUUGUAAUAGAACAUGGUUUAGAAGGAAUGGAAACAAAUA